AUGGAUCCAGGGCCGAAAAGCAGAAUAUGCAAGGAAGAGCAAGAAGAACUGAUUUCUGCUGUUUCGGACAAUACCGAUGAAUCAUCAUCACCUUCUGCUUUUGAGUGUUCGCAUUCACCACGAUCCAAAGAAGGUAUCAUCGUUGGCAAGUCGGUGGAUAUUACGACUCUCACUUCUGAACCUCCAGCAAAUGGAAAACAGUACGAGAAAUAUGCUUGGAAGGACCUCCCUCCUAAGGUUCAGGAAGCGGCAACCUGUCUUGGAUACACGGAACAAUUGUGGAAUGAGAAUCAGCAGGACCCAGAAAAGGACAAAUAUUGGGAAGAGCUGAAUGUUCACGAAAAGGAAGCAGCCAAAAUAUUAGGGUACGACGAAGUUCAUUGGGACUUUGGGGACAAACAAGUCGAACCUGCCGAUUAUGAUGACAUGUAUUGGAAUCAGCUUCCAAAGCAUAUUCGCAAGGCCUAUCGAGUGCUUGGCUACCGAAAAACGGGAUGGAAUGAGGACGAAUCGCCCGCUUCUUUUGACAAGGACUGGUUCGAGUUGACAGAAGCCGAACAAAAGGCAGCCACGAUAGUAGGAUACACAGCAGAGACUUGGGAUGACGAUCCAGACGAUAUGCAAGAGGAAGGCAUAAAAGAAGGAGCCAUCUAUUUCGUAAAGGGAUCAUGCUACGUUCUCCUAGAUUGCCUUUCCAUGUCGUCUUUCUUUGGUAUCAUCAACGCGUUGUUUUCUCUUGGAAGAGAGUACUUGGACGACAACGCCCUAGGGGUUCUCAAGAUCCUUACGGGACUUGCAAUCAUGCAAUUGAGUGGCCAAAUGCACAAGUGGCUCGAGGAUGAGGAGGAGGAGGCAGCCACCAGGCAACGUGGACAAAAUAGUACAGCACAGCCUACCCUGUUUCGGUCCUUCUUGAAUUUGUUCUCGUGGUGGAGUAUCUUUGCGGGAGUGGAUCACUUUCUGGAUGCCUUUGAGAACGAUGUGCUCUACUUUUAUUCCGAUUCCUCAUGGUAUCUGAAACUAUGCGAAGAACCCGACAAUGCAACACAAUGUGUAUUGAAUGCAACGUCUGGAAACAACAUGACGACAGAGUUGCUAUUGAAUGCAACGGCGGGAAACAUAACGAUGCACUCUCCGUUGGUGGCUCGUCUUUUGAACUACACUGACAGGAUUGAAGAGUUUAUGAUUGAUUGUGCCUGUGAAAUCUUGGAUGACGAUCAGGAGCGGCUAGGACCGGUAUACCUUUGGACUGUUUUCAUUGGUUCAGCAGUGACAUUGUGGUACGCCUUUGAUGACAACUUUUUGACUGGUUGUGACCCCGACUAG